UUUGACCUGGUCAGUUCUAAUGCCUUCCAGAUUUUAUGGAAGCAUUUAAUAUUUCUUCCAGAGAUCAAAUAAAUAAGCAAGAUCGAGUCAAGAUUAUUACCAUCUUCAUUCUUCAAUUUCAUUAGCUCAAGAAUGGAGAGAAGGGCAAGUUCCAAAAUUCAACCCCCAACAUAUGGAAAUCUCAUUACUGUUCUUACUAUCGAUGGAGGAGGUAUUAGAGGAAUCAUCCCUGGAGUCAUUCUUGCUUAUCUUGAAUCUAAGCUUCAGGAGCUUGAUGGUGAGGAUGCAAGACUUGCAGAUUAUUUCGAUGUAAUUGCAGGAACAAGUACUGGUGGUCUCGUAGCUACCAUGUUAGCUGCACCAAAUGAAGAAGGACGUCCUCUAUUUGCUGCCAAAGAUAUAGUCCCCUUUUACCUUGAACACAGCCCUCAAAUUUUCCCACAAAGAAAGGGGAUGCUAGCUUGGUUGCUGAAUUUGUUGAAAGCUCUAACUGGCCCAAAGUACAAUGGCAAGUAUCUACAUAAGCUUGUAAGAAACUUGUUGAAAGAUACGAAGUUGCACCAAACAUUGACGAACUUGGUUAUCCCAACUUUUGAUAUCAAGAAACUUCAGCCAACCAUCUUCUCUUCAUAUAAGGUGACAUCCCACCCAAUUCUAGAUGCUUUGCUCUCAGACAUAUGCAUAGCCACCUCAGCUGCUCCAACUAUUCUCCCUGCCUAUUCUUUCAAGAACCAAGAUUCAGAUGGAAAUGUGCAAGAAUUUAACCUUAUUGAUGGCGGCGUGGCUGCUAGUAACCCAACUUUGGUUGCUAUUACUGAAAUAACGAAGCAAACAAUGAAGAAGAACCCAGAUUUCUUCCCGAUCAAGCCCUCGGAUUAUGACCGUUACCUUGUGAUUUCUCUGGGGACAGGCUCCAAGAUUGAUGGAGAAAAUUACAAUGCUAACAUGGCUUCCAAGUGGGGAGUUAUAAGCUGGUUAUAUUACAAAGGGUAUACGCCAUUAAUAGAUUGCUAUAGUAAAGCUAGUGGAAAUAUGGUUGAUUAUCACAACUCUGUCGUGUUUGAAGCUCUUCAUUCUGAAGACAAAUACCUAAGAAUUGAUGAUGAUAAACUCCGAGGAGGCCUGUCUUCUGCUGAUUUAUCUACAAAGAAAAACUUGGAUGAUCUGGUGAAAGUUGGAGAGAGCUUGUUGAAGAGUGAAAUUUCACGUGUAAAUUUGGACACUGGACAUUAUGAACCAGUUGAGAAUGCUGGCACUUAUGAGCAAGCUCUUGAAAGGUUUGCUCAGCUACUUUCUGUUGAAAAGAAGCUUCGUGAGUCAAGAUCACCACACACCAAGGAUUCAAAGUGAUGUUUGCAUCAUUGUAUUCAAUUGAAAUUUCAUGGAACAAAUUAAUUUGGUCCAACGUCUACUGCGUACUACCAUUGUUCAUACUC